AAAAGUUAAAUACCGGCUGUAACUGUGACAGAUAGGCACUUUAAUAUUUAUUUGUAAACACGAAUAAACAAUAAAUCGAACAACAAUCGAAUGGUAUGGAAACGGAAAAAGGAAAUUGGAAAAAACAAAACAAUGCGACCUAUUGAUGACUUAUCCGAAGCCGAACAUUCACAUUGCAAAAGAACAUUCACCGGUGUCAAAAGUCAACUUUUUCGGAGCGGAAUCCCGAAAAAAAUAUUAUUUCUUCUUCACUUUGAAUAUAAAAAUAAUUAGUUUACAUUGACUUAUCAGUAACACCAAAAAAAAAGUAUUUUCAACAAAACAAAAUUGCAAAGAAACAAACAAAAGACUUCGCCAAGGCAUCCAGGUCGUCAACCUUGUUGGGAGUGAGCAUCGUGUAGCGUGUUCUAGUGCGAUAAUGGUGCAAAUAACCCAAACCGAAGAAGAAAUCAAAAUCACAAUUGAAUUGAAUCGCCUGAUAACCCGUAAACCGGACAUUGUCCUGCUGCCGACAUAUCUGAAAUUUAACAACCCACCGAUAUUCUUUGAACGGCAUUUGGUACAGGAAAUCGAUGAAGUGGCCAGCUUUUGUCGCAUCUUUAAGAAUGAGGCGCGAAUUGUGUUAAUCAAGAAGACCAAAGGUAUUUGGCCGGAAAUCUUUAAAAAAUUGAGCAAAGAGGAGUUGUUGCAGAAACGUUUGGAAGUUUCCGAUCAGGUGGUGCAACGCAACAAGGAACGUGAUGAAAAGGCUCUGGAACGUUAUGAAAUUAAACGACGCAAUGAAAUCGAUCGUGAAGUACGUCGUGAAACGGCAAUGCGGGAACGUGUCAAACAAUUCCAUGAACAGGCUUGUCGUGACGCCAUGACGGUGGCGCCCAAGGAGACGCACAUGAAAACAAAUGGUUCCAACUCGGCCCGAUCGGGCGGCAAUCGUCUGGGUACUCCAAUUGCACCCCGUUCCUUGCCAGCUUUACGUACUGCGGCAAAAAUUUGUGUUAGUUUUUCAUCAUUUAAAUAUGACACCCCAAAAAGGGAAUCCCAGGAAGGUGUUCCCCGGCCAUUUGUUGUUGAAGAUAUGAACAAUGUUCGCGAAGUCAAUAUACCAACAACAGCUACUUAAUUUUAAUAGAUUGUCUUCAAAAAGAAACUUUAAUUUUGGUUGGAAAUAAAAUAUACAUUUUUUUCAUAUUAAAAAUAA